AACAAAAAAAGCUAGAAGGCUGGGCUGUAGACGGUGGCAACUACGUGCUUUGCUUUUCUCUCACUACCAUUAGAGCCUUUGAUCACCAUUCUUAAGUUGACUCUGCUAUUUUCUCUCUCCUCACUUUAUCACCCACAAAUUUCCUGAUUCAAAGAGCCAAGGUUUGAUGGCUUCAACAUCCGGGGACUCCUGGAUGAAGGAGUAUAAUGAUGCGACUAAAUUAGCUGAUGAUAUAAAUGGCAUGAUAUCGGAGAAGACUGCAAUGUCAGGCUCAGGACCAGAUUCACAGCGUCACUUUUCAGCUGUACGUCGGAAGAUCACAAUCCUGGGGACUAGACUGGAUAGCCUAGAAUCGCUGUUAUCUAAGCCUCCUAGUAAGAAGUCUAUAACGGAGAAAGAGUUGAACCACCGCAAAGACAUGCUUUCAAAUUUGCGAACAAAGACAAACCAGAUGGCAACUACUUUGAACAUGUCAAAUUUUGCCAACAGAGACAGCUUACUCGGCCCGGAGUCAAAGCCUGUUGAUGCCAUGACUAGAGUUGCUGGGCUGGAUAAUCAAGGCAUCGUUAGUCUUCAGAGGCAAAUCAUGAGAGAGCAAGAUGAGGGUCUUGAACAAUUGGAGGAGACUGUUAUGAGUACAAAACAUAUUGCACUUACUGUGAAUGAAGAACUUGAGCUACACACGAGACUCAUUGAUAACUUGGAUCAACAUGUUGAGUUUACAGGCUCUCGGCUGCAGCGUAUUUCACGGAGUUUAGCGAAUCUAAACAAGAAAACCAAGGGUGGCUGCUCCUGCUUGUGCCUGCUAGUGGCAGUUGCUGGGAUUGUGAUUCUAAUCCUUGCUAUAUUUGUGUUGAUAAAGUACUUAUGAUCAUAUGUAACAAUUGUGUGUAAUGUUGUGGCUUGCGACAAUUCUUCUAUUUCUUCUAUUGUGUGUUGUGUUGUGAGAAUUCUUUUCCUCCUA